AUGCCAAUCGCAGCCAUCGAAGCUCUCGUCCUCCUCCUCACACACUCCCCCUCCUCGACAAUAUCCGAGACACUCGAUCUACUUGAAAAGUCCACUGGACACUUGAAGAACUCGAUCCCGAACCCUAUCGGUCUGUCCGCAGGCACAGACCUUUUCCAACGAUACCUAAUCACAACUCUACAGCGGCCCGGCCAACUGGGACCUGCGGGGGACUUUAAUGCGAUCCGCGCGCACUUGCUGUCGAAUGGCCGGUUGUUCAUUAGACGGGCGAAAGAAAGCCGUGACAAGAUUGCUGCAUUUGGAAGGGGGUUCGUUCGCGAUGGAAGUACGGUUCUGACGAAUGGUGGAUCUCGCGUGGUUGCGUCGUUGCUGCAGAAGGCUGCCGAUGAGAAGGGUGGACCGUCUGCGGUGCGAUUCCGCGUGAUUUACGUUCUCUCAUCAUCGAAAAAUGUUGAAAGUUCGCCUGGUGCUGAACCCGAGGGUAUGGAAACCGUCCGCGCGCUCCGCGAGAAGGGUGUCCCCGUGGCCACGAUCCCCGAGUCGGCUGUCGCAUAUUCUCUGGGCAAGGCGGACAUGGUGAUUGUUGGUGCUGAGGGUGUGGUGGAAAAUGGAGGAAUUGUGUCGCGGAUGGGAACAUAUCAGAUUGGUUUGCUCGCCAAGGCAAUGAGCAAGCCCUUCUACGUUGUUGCGGAGAGCCACAAGUUCGUGCGACUCUACCCGCUUGGACAGUAUGACCUUCCGAUUGAGCAGCGUGUGAUCGACUUUAAAACGGAGGAGGAGAUUGCGGACGAAGCGAAGCAACAACCCCAGGCUACAACAACAGAAGCCACUUCAAAGCCCGUUGCAAGGAACAGUUGCCAAUCGGUUGACUUUACGCCGCCGCAUUUGAUCUCCGCGUUGAUUACGGACAGUGGAGUCCUGACGCCUAGUGCUGUCAGUGAGGAGCUGAUUAAGAUUUGGUUCUAA